AUGGCUGAUCCAAAAGCUGUCAUUUGCGUUGCGGUCGGCAAGCUCGAGAUCCAGUCUGUUUCCAAACAGACCUUGCCACCAGGCUAUCUCCUUAUCAAGACGAAAGCUGUGGCACUCAACCCAACCGACUGGAAAGCCAUCGAUAACGACGCUGGAUACGCCAUCGGAACACGUCCGGGUGUUGAUUUUGCUGGCAUCGUCGAAGAGAUUGGACCUGAUGCAAAGAAAGGCUUUCGAAAGGGCGAUAGAGUGUAUAGCAUUGCUUUCGGAGCCAAAGAUCGCGAGCAUGGCGCUUUCGGAGACUACACCAUGACGCCGGAGCACGUCGUGGCCAAGAUCCCCGACCAUAUCACUUUUGAGCAGGCGGCCACCCUGGGCGUGGGCAUUACGACAUGUGGCCAGGCUUUGUACCAACUAUUGGGCCUGCCUCUACCGCCGUCGGCUGCAGUCGAUCCCCCGCAGACAAUUCUGAUCGGCGGAGGGAGCACAGCGACCGCAGUUCUGGGCAUUCAAUACGCCAAGCUCUCUGGGCUCCGUAUCCUGGCUACUGCCUCUCCUCACAACUUUGACUAUCUUCGCUCGCUAGGCGCCGACGUGCUGCUAGACUACCAUGAGUCGGCGGAGGAGCUGGUAAAGAAGGUCAGGGAUGUCGUCGGCGAUGAUCUGACUCUCGCCUGGGACUGCUCUCCCAACAAACAGUUUCAGGAUAUCGCCGCCCACUCGCUGAGCAAGACGAAGAAGAGCAUCUAUGCAACCGUGGCGCCGCUCACGCCGGCCAACCUUCUCCAUGACAGAAACCCCCUGGUCGAGGCCAAAUAUCAGCUCGGUUAUACGGUAUUUGGAGAGUCGUUUGAGCGCGGGACAUAUGUGUUCCCGGCCUCCCAGGAGGAUGUCAUCUUUGCUACUGCUUUCUGGGAGCGGACUGCGAAGCUGCUAGAGGAAAGGAAACUGCAGCCCAUCAAGGCCACUGUCAACCAAGGAGGAGAAGGCCUAGAAGGUGUGAUUGCAGGUCUAGAAGACCUUCGCCAGGGCAAAGUUUCGGGUACGAAGUUGGUCUAUUCGUUCUGA